AACCAUUGAUACGUCACGACGUCAACAAACAAUUAUGCUCAAUAUAGCCUUUGAUGUGAAGAUCUCUGAACUAUUAGGAUAUUUUAACAGUUUUGAAAAGGCCAUAAAAGAAAUUCGGUCAUUCCAGAGAGAGACAGGAACUUACUUCUGCCAGGCAUGGAACCACAUAAGAGAUUCAGGUCACACAGAUGUGAAACCUGGUGCACAUAAGAUAUUCUGGAAUGAUGGUGAAAAUAGCAGGAUUAAGAUGUGCCAUCUGGACUUUGAUGGUAUACCGUAUAUUGUUCUUGGAAGCCGGACAUAUGACUGCCAAUAUGGAGUUGAUCGUAACUUGAAUCACAAACGAAGGUACAAGAAGACUCGGAUGAAAGGAGGUAAAAUAAUCAAAAGACACUACCAUCGGGUCCCAGGAACUAAAAAACAAAACUGUCCAGCUCAGAUAUAUAUACGAGAAGUAGUAAAAUUUCCAAAUUUCAGAAUAACAUCAAAUACUGAAUACUAUCGGAGAAAAGCCUCAUCCCAAGUUCAAAAUGCCAUGAAAGAUGGGAAUGCUUUUGGAGAGAGAAGGACAUAUGUUCACUUUCCAUCUAUGGCAGAUCACAAAUAUCAUUGUGUGGAACAAGUUCAGGGGUUAAAGCGGCCCAUUGACUCUAGAGUUAAAAAGAAAAUACAUGACUUGGUUGCAGAAGGAAUAACAGAUUAUAAAGUUCUUAAAACAAAUCUUCAACAAUAUAUACAGACUGAGUUAUUUGCAGGACAGGAUUUACCAUCAAGGAGCAGUCGACGUUUCUUUCCCCCAAAAUCAGAAAUUGAAAAUUGUAUAAAUUUAGCAGCAAUGAAAUUGAGAAUCUCUCAGGCUGACCAAGAGAAUGUGAGUGUUAAGAUAAAUGAAUGGCAGCAAAGUCAACCAGAGGACAGAUUCUAUUUCAGACCUUUUACAGAUGUGAAAGAGGAAGCCUCAUAUCAUCCACCUGUUUAUGGACAGCAAUUGUUGGUUGUUCAUCAGACCAAAUGGCAAUGCCAGUUGUUGGAAUGGUAUGGCCAGGAUAUCUGUAUAUUGGAUGGUGUUUAUAGAAGUAUAGAAAAUUCUCUGCCUCUGUUUUUUUUAGUUGUUAAAACUGAUGUUGACUAUGAAGUAGCUGGAUCAUUUAUAGUUCAAAGUGAGACAGUGGCAGCUGUGAAAGAGGCCCUGGGUGUUUUGAGGGAAUGGAAUCCCAAAUGGAAACCUUCUGUCUUCAUGUCUGAUUUCUCUAGAGUGGAGAUGGUUGCAGUUGAACAGACUUUUGAUAAUGUGAAAGUUCUCCUAUGUGAUUACCAACGUGAACAAGCUUGGGAAAGAUGGGCACUGAAUGCUGAUAAUGGCGUUUACCCAGUAAAAGAGGAAGUUCUUUCUCAGCUUCGAGCUAUUGCCCAUGCAAGUUCAUUCCAAGAAUACAGUGUGGCAGAGAAACACCUGUAUGACAGUGACAUUUGGAUGAAAAAUCAAAAGUUGCAGAAAUGGUUUGGGAAAAUGUGGCUGCCUGAACAUCAGAGAUGGGUGUGGGCAUACCGCAAGGAUUAUAUUACUGACAUCAACACAUAUAAUGGAAUUGAACAACUUAAUGAGACCCUUAAGUAUUAUUAUCUGAAGAGUCAACAUCAACAUGUCUUGAGUGGACUGCUGGCCAUUGUUGUGGAAUAUUUCGUGCCUCAUCUUUACACCAAGUACUUACAGGAGAAUGCUGAAGAAGACAUAGACACCAACAUCCCAGAGGAGGCACCAGUUUAUGAGCAACCUGAAGAAAAUUUUGCGUUAAAGUGCCGUGAAGUGAUUGACCACAUCCACAGUUACACGUAUCUUUUGAAUGAUCAGUUAAUAUUACAAGAACUUUAUGAAUCCCUUUUGAUUACAUAUGACACUGUAUUGGAUUAUGCUGAGGGUAAAAGAGAACCAACAGUAAGACAAUUAGAUGAUCAGUUGCAAGCAAAUCAGGUCAUAAAGGUCACAAAAAGAUCCAGUCUCAAAGAAAAAAAGAAAAAAAUCUUGAAGGUUCCAGUGGAUGACAAGGCUUGUAUUAUACCUGAAACUUUUGAAGUGUUAGCACCAGAUGAGGAAAAUAACAAAUUAGGUAAUUUUGUAGUGGAAUCAGAAUGGAGUCAACCUCAGACUGAAACUGUUGAAACUUGUAUCACUUAUGAAACAAUUUUGGAGGAUACUGAUUGUGAAAGAGAAAUAACACUAGAGGAGAAAGAAGGCACAUUUGAAGUGAAGCCAAUCCAGAUUAUUAAAAACUCAAAUUUUAUUCAAUCAAAAGAAAUUGAGAAAAAUAUUGUGAACUGUGUAGGUGGAAAGACAUGUGUAAUGCCUGGAAUUUUUCAAGUGUUAGUGCCAGUGGAGGCAAAUAAUAAAACAGGUGAUGUAGAGGAAAAGAAUAGUGUAGUGCCAGAAACAUACCAGGUGUUAGUACCAGUUAGGGAGAAAAAUAAACUUGGUGAUCUUGUGGUUGCACCAGAUUGGACUCCAUCUCAAAGUGAUGUAGCAUCUUAUGUGACAAUAUCAGACACAAGAGGAAAGAAAAGAAAACGUGAGGGAAAAUUUUUGUCAGUCAGUCCUGAAAAAUCGACUAAGCCAAUUUUUAAGGUUAACAAAUCGGGUAAAAACCAUCCAGAAUCAGAAGAAGUAACAGAAUCAACGAUUACUUUAUUUAAAGCUAUUUCUCAGAGGUAGAAGACUUGCACUUGGGACCAACCAAUAUUAACCCCUCAUACCCUGGGCCCCCUUCAUAUAAGCUGUCCUGGCCUGUAGGCACCUAAUUGGAUAAUUUUUUUUUUUUUA